AUGUCUGCGUCUUCUUCACAAUUCGUUUUGAUUUUGAUAGCAUCUAACCGUUCUAGGAGAGGAGGUGUACCAGGGGGAGGAUUCAUUCGUCUUCACGUCACCCACCUAGCACGUCGUUCCCGUGUCACAAGUGAGGGAGGGGUGUAUGGGCUGAGAUUGUGUUUAAGGCCUUUGCCUUACGAUUGCACUUGGCUUAUGCUUAUGCUUAUGCUUAUGUUUAUGUUUAUUAUUAUUUCUAUUAUUAAUAGCAAUGCAAAUAUUACCAUUGUCAUGAUCGAUUUAAUUUUUAUGUUAUCAGUUUUGAAGCCCUAA